CAGUCAUCCAUAACUGGAUCACGGUGGAGGAGGAAAACGAGAUAUACCAGCAGCUCCAAAAGUCCUGCGUUCGCAAUCGUCAAGUUUUGUGGAGUGGCAUGCACCAGGAGGUUGCGCAGGAAUGGGCAGACAAGCGCGGCUUCCAGACGCUCACCACGGCAAUGGGCCCCCUCAUGGACCCUUCUGAUCCAAAGUGCCCAAAGCACAAAGGGGGCCAGACGAGCUGGUCAAAAUAUGUUCACGGAGCGUCGGUCGUAUUUGCGUGGUACAUUGCCCAGGGCGACCUCGCCACUGUCCUGGCGCAGCCUCCCCCGCAGCGCUUUCACCCUUCCGGGCUGACCUACUAUCAAUUGAUCGAGGAGCCUAUACUGAAGGGCAAGCUGGGCAAUCGGCCCGUCAAUAAGAUUGUGGUUGUCCAUCCAACCGUGGGCGAAGCGGCGGACUUUACGUAUGAGUUGUGGCCGCACGACGAACCCUCCCUCUGGACGACCUCGUUUGACAUACCCGAUACUGUCCGCUACUGGAGGCAGGUGAAGCUCCCAAAGGGAGCGAAAAAAUCGAGUAACUGCGAAUCGACCGAUGCGACUACCAAUAAGACAAAAAGCUCCAAGAGCAAGCAAAUAGUAGUACACAGCAGCACAACUAGUACUCCGCCCAAGGAUGGGUCCAAAACUGCGCUCAACGGGCACAAGGGGACGAAAAAAGGGAGGAGAGGCAAACAGUGCGCUUCGGCGGGCUGCGGCCUUCCAAGCAAAGGCAAAGCAGACAUGAAACAAGAAAAUGAGCCGAGCGGUGCACAACAUGAGAAGAAGAAGAAAACCAAGAAGAAGAAGAAGAAUGAUAACGGCAAGGCGAACAAGAACGGCAACAGUUGCGACGGGAAACGUGGAGGAGUCAAGGUCACAAACGGAGAGCAGCAGUGCAAGAAAAAAGGGAAGGCCAAGAAGAAAAAGGCUGCAAAGGUGGCUGCGCAGAAGGCGAUGAGCAAGGAGAGCAAGGCGAAAAGCUGCCACGGGUCUCUGGGGAAGACGAAGAGAAGCCACAAGCUAAAUACGGAGCCGAAACGACGAGCAUGGGAACUCCAAAUUCGACGAGAGUUCCAGUUGGAUUAAGCUUCGGUCAUUGUAUGGGGUUCUCCACAGGAGUUUAAGCUCGGCCUUGGCCCAUGUAGGGCAGCGCUGCGCUUAGUUCAGGCAAAUCAAGGCCAGGCUCAUGUCAGUUUGUAUGACAAGAUUGUGGGGGCUCGGUUGCUUGAAACGCUUUAUUCUACUCUAUUAAAUACUCUCAAC